CCCCUCUCUUCCCUCUCCCCUCUCUUCCCUCUCCCCUCUCUUCCCUCUCCUCUCUCUUCCCUCCUCCACAAACUAUGUAUGCACCUCGCUCCCUCCCUCCCUACCUCCAGCCAACUGCCCAAGACUGGCGCUCUCGGAUCACGUGAAGGCCUCCUCCCAAGACACCUCCGUCAACACAGUAGUUUCAUUCUCCUGUGACCAAGGCUACGCACUGAAUGGAGACAGAGUCAUCACAUGUCUCAGUACCGGUGUCUGGAACGAAUCAGCGCCAUCCUGCAAAGCUCUUAUGAGAGCAACUUUAGGUCUAUGUUAGGGAGGGGGCAACAAGCUAACCCAGGCUGUAGUUCUGACACUAUUCUUUUUCUACUAUUCUUUCUCUGGGGUCUUGUUCAGGGGGCAAAAUCCAUUUUCAGGCCCCUUUGCCCCCUUUCCCUCUCCUUCUUUGCCUCUCUGCUGCUUUUCUAUUCUUCUCUCUUUCCCUCUCUUUUGCUUUCCUCUCUUCCCUCUCUCACAAACCCUCCCUCCCUGUCUCCAGCCAACUGCCCAAGACUGGCACUGUCGGAUCACGUGCUGGUCACAUCCCAAGAGAGCUCCGUCAACACCGUAGUUUCAUUCUCCUGUGAGCAAGGCUACACACUGAAUGGAGAGAGAGCCCUCGCGUGUCUCAGUACCAGUGCCUGGAACGCAUCCGCACCAUCCUGUACAAAGCCAACCAUCUGCCCCAAACUGACACUAUCGAGCCACGUUAAGGCUUCGUCGGGCAACAACUCGGUACACGCAGUCGUCAUGUUUUCCUGUGAAGACGGAUACACUCUCGACGGGGACAAGCAAAUCACGUGUCGGGAAGACGGCACAUGGAGCAGCAACCCGCCAAGCUGCAGUAGUGGCGGCACCUCUCAAUCACAGAAGAACGACAAUUCAUCGGACGUCGGUGCAAUUGUGGGUGGUGUCGUUGGAGGUAUACUUAUUAUUCUUCUCAUGGUCGUUGCCACGGCGAUUAUCUUCUGGAAAAUGUCGUAAGUUUCUUCUCGCAUUCAGGACAGUUGGUGAUUUGGUGGAAUGAUGGACGUACAAAAAUAUCCCAAACAUCCUCUACAUUUGUUUCUUUCUCACUAUUUCUGAGGGGCUGUAGUUUGCUCUUACAUCAUCUUCCCCCCUCCUUUCCUCUUCUCCUUUUUCCCUCAGGUCACGAUACAGCAAGACGGGCUACAGUAACGUCAGAAUGAGAAGAGCAGACGACAGGAUCGAACUCUUCGCUGAUGAAGAUGGAGAUGCUGAUGAACCACUGUACAGUACGGAGCCUACUGAAGACGACGCUCCACUCGAUCUCUAAAAAAAUCUUAAGAAUUUGGACGUCACAAUGUUUUCGUUGCUCUUACUGUAAUAAUACAGUACCAGAUGAUAACUAAAACCCACGUUUGUUCUGGUACGUAGCUAUUGUACAUGUUUGUUUCGAAUAUGAAUUAUGCACACUUAUUAUCUUAUUCUCUUUUUAAACAGUGCAUAACCUAAUUGUAUAAUAUAAUAAUAAUUAUACAUGACAGUCUGUGAAUCUGACAGACAGCUGUGCAUAAU